AUGCUUCUUAAUAAUAAUCAAAUAGCAGGUAAGUAGUUGGCGGGCAACAAUACCAAUUAGAAAGCUCUGUAAAACAUAACUAACUCAUAGAAUUCGUUUUAGUUUACCCACAAUUAAUUUGGUAAUUAAGCGGCUAGUAUUAAGCCACCAUAGUAAAAGCAGGUUUCAUUUGGUGGAGAUUAAAUUUCAAAAAUAAAUUCUGAAAAGCCAUCUAAUGAUGUUUCAUUUGUUUCAAAUAAUGCAUCUAAUAAUUAAUAAAAUGAACCAUUUUUUGGAAUUUCAAAAUAAAACUAACAAAAUGCUCAAAAUAGUUUGAAUAUAAAAACUAAUUAUGAUAGCAAUAGAAAUUAGCAAUAAAAAAUUCAAACUAACUUUAAGCAAGAGAAUGGAGAGACAUUAAAAGAUUUAGUUCAUUAAUCUGAUCAGACUUUAAAAUAGCUAGAAGAUUAGUUUAAAAGUUUGAAUGUUGGUGGUGCUAAUACAAGCUCAAAAAUGGUUAACUUCGAUUCAAAUUUAUCUUCAAAUAAUUACCAAAGAAACUUUCCUACUUAAGGAGAAAGUAAUAUAAAGUCCCUCAUUUCAGACAUUGACAAAAUCAUUUAGUAAGCAUAAAAUCAAACAAAGCAACUAACUUCUAAUGAGGAUGGAGGGUUUAAGAUUUAAAAUCCAUAUGGCUAUAAUUCUAAUUAAUUUGAUGAAAGAAGCAGAGCUGAUAAAAGGACAUCAUAGUCUCCAUCUAAAAAUAAACACCGCAAUAAAAAAAAGCAUAAAUCUAAAAGCCAAAGAAAAAAAAGCAAGAAAAGUAAAAAGAGAGAUGAAUCAUUUUCAGAUGACGAUACUAGCUCUUAUUCAGGAGAAUCUGAUUCAGUAAUCUAAGAAUAAAAUGAAUCUUAUUAGGAUGAAUCAUCUUAUGAAGAAAAUUAUGAUGAUGAUUAUGAUAGCGGAAAUUAUAAUAGUAAAAAUAAAUACUAUAAAAAGAAAAGAAACUAAUCAAAUUAAUAUCAAAAGAAAAGACGCUCUAGUGAAAACAGAAAUGAAAUAAAUGAUGCUAAAAGUCUUUCAAAUUAUUCGAGAGCUCGUUCUAUCAAUUCAAAAACAAAUCAAAACCAUAUCAAUUAAGGAGCUAAUGGAUUAUAGAAAUCUUAACUAAAAAACCUUCCUAAUAUGAAUGGCGGUAUGAGAUUUGAACCAAGUGUUUAGAGUAGUGCUUCUAAAUAAAAACCAUAAUCCUAAAUUAACUACCAGAGUCAAAUAGGAGGUUUUAGGAGAUGCCAUGACGAAAGUAUGGAUAAUAUUAAAAAUACAGAUGACUCUUUUGAUAUCAAUGAUGAUUUUAAUAUAAAAGAUAAUAACCAAAGCUCUCAUAAAAAAAAUAAAAAUAACAAUUAUAAUAGCAAUAAUUAUAAUUUUAAAAAGAAAAAAUAAAAUAAUGAUAAUCAAUACGAAGAUUAUGAAGAAUAAAAUAGAAGAAACUAUCAAGAUUUCUCUCCAAAUAAUUAAGAUGAUUAAUACCUUAUGCAAAAAUAUUAAUCAUUCAAAGAAUUAAGUGUUUAAAGUAAUUUGUAAAGUAGGAUAUAAAACCAAAAGUAGUAACUUUAAUAGAUGCAGGUCGCUGCUGAUGAAGACUUAGUAUUUUGCAUAAACUGUGAGGAGUAUAUUAAGGCAGAUAAAGUAGAUGAACACUCAAAUAUUUGUGAAGCAUCAAAAAAUGAUUACAGGAAUUUAAGUAAAAAUUAAAUUUUACAAAAAAUAAAUGAAAAAUUAAUAAAAAUCCGUUAUCUGGUGAAAAAUAAGAGUUCUCACAUAGUAAACAUGCCAUCUUUAAACAUAUAACAGUAAGGAUUGAUUUAAUUGUAUGAUUAAAUCUUAGAUAUUCUAAGUAUAUGCAUUGAAAAUAACUAAGAAAAGUAGACCUUAUAAGAGGCAGAAUUUGAUGUAAAAAACAUAAAUUUACAAUUAAUGAGAAAUACUCAUAGUUCUUCUUUAUAUUUACUUUAUCUAACGCAAAAAGUAAUUGAAUUCGUUUAAAGAAAGUAUGAGUUUAUUGAUAAAUACGGAAACUAUAAUGAAUUCAAUGAAAAUUAUUAACAAUAAUACCAAAUGAAUAACAAUUAAUUAUAAUAGUAAAGAGAUUUAAACAACUUCUCAAAUAACAUAGACGCAAUUUCAAUAGCAUCUUCUAAUUUUAAUAACCGACAAAAUAUAAAUCAAAAUAAUAAUCCUUAAUUCUAAACAAAUCAAAGGGCUAUAGCUUUUAACACAAAAGCAAGAGACCCUAUAAAAAUUUUUAACAAAAUUGAAGAAGAUUUAUAAGUUUUAAAUCAAAAUCAUAAUAUUCAAUAACAGUAAAGCUAGUUAAAAUCUAAUAACGGACUUCCUCCAAGGUAGCCAAACUCUUAAAACCAAGCCACAAACCUAAGAAAUAAUAUAUUUACUUAAGCUUAAUCCCCUAAUAAGCAAGCCUUUUAAAGCAAUGCUAGAGAUAUUUAUUAAUCUCCGUAAACAAGGUACUAACAAAACUCUAAUUUAAAUUAGAUUUCUCCAGUAUAAUCAGGCUAAUAAUAAUCAUUCUAAUAAUAAUAAUAAUAAUAAAAUAGCUUAAAUUAAAUAAGAAAUUCUAAUUUUAGUCUAAAGCAGCUAGACUCUUAAUAAACUUAAAGAAUUCAAAAUAUUUAGAAUUAAGUACAACCCUUUUAAUUUACAUCAUAAAAUUAAGAUUAACAAGUUUUGUCUUAAUUAAAUCAUGUAAAAAAAUUAAAUACUGGUAAUUCAUUGACUAACCUACAUGAAGAUGCUUAAAGCCUGAACUAGCAACAAAAGUAGAAAAAGAAAAUAUUCUCUGAUGUACAGUAAUAAUAAGCACCCAUCCCUAUAAUGCAUGGCAGGUAGUUCACAAGUUAAAGUGAAAAAUCCUAAGAUAAUUUUGAGUAUUCCUACAAAAAUUAAACAGCAAGAUGGUAACACCCCUAACAAUAGUAAUAACAGUAAUUGGUACAGCAUCAUCAAAUUCAAUAGCAUAAUUAAAUACAACCAUAGCAUCAUCAAUAGUAGUAAUAAUAAUAAUAAUAGCAAUAAAUAUAAAUUUAGUAAUAGAAUUAGAUUUAACAUUAACCAAAUUAAAUUUUUAGCAGUAAUUUAAAUAAUUCUAAUUUUGGAGUUUAUUAAUCUUAACCUGUUUUAAAUACAAAAGAACCUUACUCAGGAAAUUUGUAAAGCAACAUGAUUUAAAAUAGUAAUUAAAAUUUGAAUAGUAACGUAAAUAUAUAGGCGCAAUAAGACAAAGGCUCACCUUACAAAGUAUAGUCUCCAUAUAAAGUACAAUCAAAUUAUGAAGACAAAAACUAUACAGUUGCAUAAAAAUAAAAAUUCUUUGUAUUGGCUAUUUAACUUAAAAAAAGUUAUCCUUAAUCAUAAAUAUUUUUGAUUGCUGAUUUAUGGCAAGAAGCUAUGCAAUUAAAACUACAAGAAAUUGAUUGGGAAAAAUUUAUUAUCCAAAAGUUUUAAUAGUGA